AUGAUAUCUAACAACUUCAACUCAGUAAAGAUUGACAAAGACGACAGAAGAUUUGUUGUCAUUGACGUAAGCAGCAGAUACAAAGGAAAUUACGAAUAUUUCUCAAAUCUCAUUGAAAGCUUUAAUGAAGAGUUUUAUUCAAACUUACUGACGUACUUCAUGAAGAAAGAUUUAAGUGAAUUUGAUGUAAGGAAGAUACCAUUCACCAGGGCUAAACAAGAACUCAUCGAAAUGAACAAAACACCUUACCAAAUGUUUUAUGAGGAGUUCUAUGAAAAGUUUGUAUCCGGAUGGAAUUGUACAGAGUGCUACAGAAGAUAUAAAGAAUUUGCGAAGGAGAAUGAAUUCUUUGCAUGUAGUUCAAAUGUAUUUAGUGGCAAGAUGAGAGAAUUUGUGAAGAGAAGUAGAAAGCGAGACGGUUCUGCAAGAAGUUAUAUUUACGAAGCAAGUAUGAUAUUAGAAGGUUGUGGAAAGAAAGAAACAGUGAAUUAUGAGGAAGUGCUUGAAAAAUUCAUGGAGUACAUGGGAAGCAAUAUAACAUACAACAAAGACAUAUACAGUGAGUUUAAGUACUACUGUGAACAGCAUGAGGUUGAACUAAUGAGUAAAGGAGACUUUGAAACGCUUAUGAAAGACAGUAAGGAGGUCGUUCAUGAGAACAGUAUUGAAAUAGUUCAUGAGAACAGUGAGGAGGUCAUACAUGAAUGCAAUGAUGAAAUAGUUCACGAUGUCGUUCGUGAAGAAGCCAUUGCAACAAAGAAUGAUAUAAAGGAUUUCAUAGAACUUAACAAGGAGGAGUUUAAAGAAGGCUAUGAAGUGAAAAGAUGUGAAGAAGAUUUCUUGGCGUAUUUGAAGAAAAAGAGACUAAAGCCAAUGGCUCAAAAUAAGUUUCAAUCGAUGUUUGAAAAGAAACGUUUGAGCUAUGGUGGUGUAAGAAGCACAUAUUACUUUGUUAAGAAGUGA